GGCGCGGGGAAGAUGGCGCGGCGGCUGUUCUGUCUCCUCGGGCUCCUGGCGGCCGCUGUGGCAAGCCCUGUUUUGUGGCAGAAGGACUGCGUGAAGGGUCCAGAGGUAUGGUGUCAGAGUGUUCGGACAGCAUCACAGUGCGGAGCGGUGAAACACUGCCAGCAGAAUGUCUGGAACAAGCCUACUGUAAACAGUAUCCCCUGUGACUUGUGUAAGGAACUUGUGACAGUGGCUGGCAAGGUUUUGAAGGAUAAUGGCACUGAGGAUGAGAUCCGCUCUUACUUGGAAAAGACAUGCGAGUUUCUUCCUGACCAAGGCCUGGUCUCUGAGUGCAAAGAAAUUGUGGAUUCCUACCUACCAGUUAUCAUGGAUAUGAUCAAAGAAGAGCUAGAUAAACCUGAAGUUGUAUGUAGUGCCCUCUCACUGUGCCAGUCCCUUCAGAAGCACCUUGCAACAAUGAAAUUUCAGAAACAACUCCAGUCCAAUAAGAUACCAGAGCUGGACUUCUCUGAACUGGCAUCCCCAUUCAUGGCUAAUGUGCCUCUUCUCCUUUACCCUCAGGACAAACCCAAGCAGAAGUCUAAGGUAAGGGCAAGUGGGGAUGUGUGCCAAGAUUGCAUUCAGCUGGUUACUGACGUUCAGGAAGCUGUGAGGACAAACUCAUCUUUUGUAAAGUCUUUGGUUGCUCAUGCCAAGGAGGAGUGUGACCGUUUGGGACCUGGAAUGUCUGAUAUGUGCAAGAACUAUAUCUCUGAAUAUUCUGACUUGGCUAUCCAAAUGAUGAUGCACAUGAAGGAUCAGCAACCAAAGGACAUUUGUGCCAUGGUUGGGUUCUGUCCUUCCGUGAAAUCUGUUCCCCUUCAGACUCUGGUGCCAGCUCAAGUGGUUCAUGAAGUGAAAAUGGAAACUGUGGAGAAAGCCUUAGUUCAAGAGAAAACUUUUUCCUUGUGUGAAAUAUGUGAGACCAUGGUGAAAGAAGUGACUGGCCUCUUGGAGAGCAACAAGACAGAGGAGGAGAUUGUACAUGAAAUGGAGGUGAUCUGCUACCUGUUCCCAGCAAGUGUCAAAGACCAGUGUAAGGACUUCAUAGAUGUCUAUGGCCAGGCUUUGAUUGACAUGCUCUUGGAGGCAACGAAUCCUGAAGCUGUAUGUGUUAUGCUGAAAUGCUGUGCAGCCAACAAGCCCCCACAGCAACCAGUUUUAGUGAAACCUGCAGGUGGCUUCUGUGAUAUCUGCAAGAUGGUGGUAGCUUAUGCAGACAAAGAACUAGAGAAGAAUGCCACGACAGCUGAAAUUGAAGCUUUACUGGAAAAAGUCUGUCACUUCCUGCCAGAGUCUGUCAGUGAUCAGUGUGUUCAGUUUGUGGAACAGUAUGAACCUGUGGUUGUGCAACUCUUGGCAGAGAUGAUGGAUCCCACUUUUGUUUGCACUAAACUUGGAGUCUGUGGAUCAGCUAAACAGCCUCUCCUGGGGGAUGAUGCUUGUGUCUGGGGUCCAGGUUACUGGUGUAAGAACAUGGAGACUGCUGCUCAGUGCAAUGCUGUUGAUCACUGCAAACGUCAUGUGUGGAACUAGAAGAAGAAUUUCCAGUUCUGAAAGCUUGCCAUGGCUCUUAAAAAUGUGGGCUGAGGUUGGCGGAGAGCUGUAUCUCAAAUGUCCCUCCUCUCUGCCUCAUUAACAAUUUGACCUUCAAGUUCCUUUAUUGUAACUCUUCUGUAGCAGUGCUGCUGUUGAAGGAUCAGAUCUUCAUUGUUGACUUAAAGAUAUUUCUGAUUGUACAGUUUAAUUCAUUAUGCUCCUAAAAAUAGUCAGUGUGUUGUAGAUUUUGAAUUGGUAGGCUGAAGUGUUUUUUAGGUGCUGGGAAGAAUGGCAGAGAAGGUGAAACGAGACAAGACUAUUAUCUUUUAAUUUAAAAAAAGAACAAGAUAGCAACUAAACUUUCAAAUGUCUUUCUGUAGUCAGCAUUGGGAAGAUAACAUGCUUUGCAUUUUUAACAUCUGGCUGGAAUAUUAAUUUUCUGUGUAACCGUAGGGGAACUCUAAGGGAUAAUGUUGAAUUUGGGAAUCCCUUUGGCUGGAAUUUUCAAAGCUCUGCAGAUGCAGAGGAGGGGACUUGGUGUGCCCAGCUAACUUUCAAAGUAACUGGUACCUAAAAAGAUGUGUUUGCAUUUGAGCGACCACGCUUUUGCAUUUGAGUGACUACACGUACGGCUCGUGGUGUUGUCAUAGCUAAGGAAACCCUCCCUCAACCUUUGAUCAUGUCCUUUUUAUUUCCUUGGACUACUCUGUCUAAGCAUGGGUGUUCUACUGUCAAGCCCUGUACAGUGGGAUUUCAGUCUUUUGAAGCAUGCUGACGUACUUAAGGAAUGGCUCCCUUUUUCCUUAUCCUAGUUGCUCAAUUCUGCUUAGUCUUGCAGCUUCCUACAUGCAGCCAGCUGGGUGCCAAGGAGGUGGAGCGAGCUGGGUCGGUAGAAGACGGAGGGGAAAAAAUCAGCAGGGGCUGUGCAUAUGUCAAAGUGAGUUCAGCGCAGAGGGCAGAACGGAUGGAAAAAUGGUUUUUAUUGUAAACUGCCGGUUUGUUCCUUGAUCUGGUUUUCUCUCAUAGCCUAUUUCAGUCAUCUAAAACUUCAGAGGCGCUGUGACGCUCACGGGCAGUUUCCAUUGCUGCCACCCGUUCUCGCUGACACUCACCCUUCUGAGUAGUUUGAAGUGUAAGUUGGUUUGGUUUUUUUUUUUUUAUUUUUUCCCCCAGAGUUCCCAUUUCUGUUGGGAAAUGUGUCUGAGUAGCAAGCGGAGAUGGCAGAUGGUAAGAACACUGUAGUAGGUAUCUGGCAGCUCUGCUGGCAUACCUGACAACCUGCCUUUCGCGCCUCUGCAGCAUCCCACUGAAAUGGCCUGAACUUCUGAACAAAAGCCUUUCAAGGCCAGCUGCUACCCUGGAAACAAGUCAGGCCCUUGAGGUGUAGGGGCCUCGAGAAUGAGAAUCAUGCUGAUGUUGUUUGAGACAGACCUUGCAUCCCCUACCAGCAUUUAGUGCAUAAUUCUGAUCAAGUUAACCCCCAAAACAGAGGCACCAAAGUAGCUCUGAGGAGACCUUUCGGAAGGAGGAGCUGGGCAGAGGUGGAGCUUUGAAAAUUCCAGUCCUGUUCAGAAAGGUGCCGGCAACUGCUGCUGUUCCUGUGGUGUCUUGGGUGAGGCGGGAGCUCUGGUAACAACGCUUCAGCAGCAAGCGAAGUAAUGUUCAUGCAGUUUAAUGGAAAACCACUCGACUGCAGCUUUUUAGCUACUACGUGUACAUACUAAAUGUCUGGGCAGUGUUGACGGAUAACAAUACCGGUUUGUCUUUCCUGUUUGCGUUUGUACAGAAUGCUGAAGCGCUCAUGGCUUUAAAAAAAAAAA